ACAUUCUGGAAAAAAGGAUAAAAUUAAUUAUAUCUGGCAUUUUACCCUUCAAUGUAGGGAAAAAUACAUUUACAUACACAAUACAUCAUUUCGAAACUAAAAAAAAAAAAAGUUUUUAUGACACAUUGGGCAAGCGUGCGUUUCACCGAUGGUAAACGCCGCCCAUUAGCACUCGCAGCGUCACAGGUAUAUUGCGGUCCAAACUUGAAUAUGCGAGGCGUUUUUCUCCAUCACUGUACGUCAAUCUUGCGGUGACUUUGAUUUUGCAAGAAUCUUUCAUUCAGUCUGCGCUUUAUCGCGACGCACGGUCGACUGCCGCGCUUGGGUCGCGCCGCCACCUCAACACAACGAUGACUCUCAAGACAGAAGAGACGUCCUUUGAUGAGGCACUCGAAAGAACCGGUAACGGUCUUUACAAUGUUCUGCUGCUGCUGACGAGUUCAUUGCUACUGCUGGCCAUAGGCGUGGACCUAUUCGGCUUCACGCUGGUGGUGGCCACCGCCUGCGACCUUCAGCUCACCGUCUCACAGAAGGGAGUUUUGUCAUCUUUGCCUUUUGCUGGUAUAAUUCUGGUGUCGUAUUUCUGGGGCUAUAUCUCCGAUACCAAAGGCAGGAGGUUUACCCUGGUGGUGUCCAUGCAAGUUGGCUUCGUGCUGUCGUGUCUUUGCAGCAUAUCCCCACACUGGAUCGUGCUUGGACUCAUUAAAUUUUUAUCUGUAUGUUUUUCGUGCGCUGCUAACUCCGUGACAUACACGCUGGUUGGUGAGUCGUGCGUGCAGCGCGUGAGAAGCAAGUACAUGCUUCUGAUGACGUCUCUCCUACUUCUGUCGCCCGCCGUCGCAGCUGUGUUAGCAUACCCUACCCUAAGUUUGGACUUCGAGUUGCCUCUACCCGGUAUAGCUGUGAUCUUCAGACCUUGGCGUCUACUCAUGAUCGUGCUGGCGCUGCCGUCCGGUAUAGGAGGAGUUGCCAUUUAUUUCUUCUAUGAGUCACCGAAAUUCCUUGCUUAUUUGGAAAGGAACGAAGAAGCCUUAGAAGUACUGAAGUCUAUAUACGAAAUAAAUCAUCGAUAUUGCAAAGAAGACUUCAAGGUGCACUCUAUAGUUUUAAGUGAAGAUGUAGCAAAGAAGCAGACUUCGCUUCUCCGUAGGAUAUACGAACAGAGCGCACCGCUGUUCAGGCGCCCCCUACUGUUCCGGACAAUGCAACUGUUUUAUAUCGUCGCGGUUGUCUAUUUAACAAACAACACCUCCCUAGUCUGGUUAUCGCAUAUUCUAAAUCUAGUCAGACUGUCCCUGGAAAAUGGCGCUGCUAGUGGUAAUAUUUGCUCAUUGAUAUCCAACGACGUGAGCGCAGCGAACACAGCAGCCAAUUCUACCUCAGAGAAAAUUUCUCCAGAAAUAUGUCUCGGCUACAUAAAAGAGAAUGUUAUUCUGACUUUCGUGGCCACUCAGACGACGUACGCCUUCCUGAACUUCCUCUUGGCAUACCUGCCCAACCACAGGAGGUUGUUGGUGAUAGCAAUACUGUGCCUUUCGUCAAUAAGUGGAGUUCUGCUCAACCUGAUGCCGGAGCCGAUCUCCAGCGUGUUCUUCUUCAUGUUGUUCACGUGCACUUGCCUCUGUAUGGGGGUUCUAGCGUCGUACUUUGUGGAUUUGUAUCCCACAUCUUGCAGAGGAAUGGUAGCCUGCCUCAGCGUCAUGGUGGGGCGGAGCAGUACAUUCGUCGGCAUCAACCUAAUAGGAAACCUCAUAUUCUACCACUGCCAAGUUACAUUCUACCUCUGGUCACUGCUCGUCUUAAGUAGCGUGGUUGCCGCCUGGUUUCUCCCACCAGACAAAGCUCAGACGGAUGCAACUGUAGUUUAAUGUACCAAGAGCAUUAAAACCAACCUAGGAUGUCUGUGAUUUUAGGUUAUAGCUAGAAUAAUUGUUACAAUAUAAAUACUUAGAUAGUUUUAUAAAAGAACCACAAGAUCUGAUGAUAAAUAUGUAUGUGAAUAAUACAAUGAUGCAUUACAACAAUGAAUAUUGAUUUUUUUAAAUAAAAUUGUUAACUGUUGAA